AUGUGUUCCGUGUGCGGCGGGGCCUCCAAAGUCUGCCAGCCAGUGAGAUGGGUAAACGACUGGCUUUUGGGCCUACUGGAUCUGGAGACACUGAGCAUAAUACUUCGCAAGCAGCGCGGGGAUUUCACCGACAUCGCCGAGCUGUAUGCGCCCUCGCGACACGACCAGGAGGCCUACGCCGUGCCCGCCGCCGACUUCGUGUACUCCUGCAGCUUCGAUAACACCCUCUGUGAUUACAGCUAUGGCACAUGCUAUACCUUCAACUCCGGCCUCGAGAGCACGGACUCUUCAAGCGUCACCCCGCGGACCACUUCCGUUUCCGGACCCAAGGUAGAUAUGGCAGAUAACGGCCUGCGCGCGGUAUUCAACGUACAGGCCGGUCUCGCCCUCCUGUCGCCCGAAGAUGGGCUGCGGGUGAUCGUCCACAGCCCUUACCUCACGCCCGUGCCCGAGGAAGAGGGCUUCAACGUCGGUCCUGGGUCCUCGUCGGUAGCCGUUGGGAGGACUGUGUUCACGCGCCUUGGUCCUCCUCACGGCAGAUGUCAGCCUGAUCCUUCCAACACUCUUCAGUACUCUACCAUGAUGUGUAAACAGCUUUGCCUGGAGCGAGAAUAUCGGAGGCGAUGCAGGUGCUACGCGCUCUUCGCUCAGGAACACAACGACACGAAAAACGACCUGGAGGAAGUUGACAUCCGCUGUUCUCUCUUCAAUACCACUCAGAAGGUGUGCAUGAAGAAGAUAGCGGCAGACGAUCUCAAUGGCGUCUUGAAGUGUGACUGCCCAUUGCCAUGCCGAGAAACACAGUAUAGGUCACAGGUCACUUCAACGCGGGCGAACAUGCUGCAUUAUGAACUACUUCACAAGCUCAGGAAAAAUGUUGCUAGCUUUUGCUCCGACAAAAUGGACACGGUUGUUCUACAUGUAUAUCUUGACUCCAUUUCCUACGAGUUGAUCGACGAGAGUCCGACUUACACUUGGGAUACCUUAUUGUGUAAUCUGGGCGGAUCUCUCGGCCUUUUCGUGGGUGUGUCCAUGCUGAGUAUCCUGGAAGUGUUGGAGCUCCUUGUGGAUUUGUGUAUCUUGACCUUUUCAAAAAAGAAGAGAGGGCGGGAAGAUAAAAGAGGAUGGAACCAAGACGAGGGCGAGUUAGUCAAGGUGCAAACGCAAGGGGAGAAGAACGUAAACUUGGCAUGGAUGUUAGAUGGAAAUGUCGGAAAGUGUUCUGCCAAAUGUGCGUCGCAGUCCGAGGUGGAGGAAUUAAGAGAAGAGCUCCAGCAUUUGAAGAUGGCUUUUGCAACACACGCCGAAGAAAUCAGAGCCAUCUCUGAGGCAAAGGCAGCCUGUCAGCACCAUCCUCAGGAGAACAAAAAUCUACACGAGGCUUUUCACACCCUGUUCAUGAACCAGGAACAAUAA